UAGCCUAGGCAAUUAGCAGCACCUGCGGCAUUACCCGCCCCCCCAGUACACCCUUAAUAUUCUUAAUAUUACUUAACUAACCAUCCAUACGCCGCUGAUAACCUGCCAGCUUCCCCCGGAAUUUGUUCAUCUCUCCGUGGCUCUACUCGCGCGAUUAUGUGAGAUAUUCGUCCUGCUCUCCUAGUAGCCAUCAGCAAGCCAGGCAAUUACCACCAACCGCCUAUACAAUGGCCGACAGCCAAUUCCUCGCGCCAAAGCCCACCAAGGCCUGUGUCAAUUGCCGCAGGCAAAAGAUGAAAUGUCAGGUCGACGACGCUCCACCGUGCCGUCGAUGUAAAAGCCUCAAGACCGAAUGCAUAUUUCGGCCACGAGCAAACGCUGCGGCAUUACACAAACUGUCAGAGACGCCCCUGGCCAAUGCGACAGUAGCUUUCAGCGGUUUUAAUUUCGCCUCGGCCCCUUCCACUAAUCAAGCUUCAAUCCUGUCUCGCUUAGACACGAUCGAGGCUAUCUUGGGCAUCAAGAAGCUAUCAGAUGACCUUCUCAAAUUCGAUGUAGAAGAAGAUCUAGACAUCGAACCAGAUGAGCCUGAUGGAGAUUUUCCGUUGUCCGGGGUCUGGAAAGCCCUCACCCGAUUACGAGAAAUCGCCAGACCUUCUCAGGAUUCGACUAUCUGGUCCAAGAAGGUUGUCAAACAGCUAUGGCACUCAUUCCAUACCCAUCUUCCCUUGUUACACUUUUUGGCCGAUCGUAAAACAUUUUCUAGCCCGACACCUCUACUUCUCGCCUCUAUACUAUAUAUUUCUUCAUUGCAUCAUAAUUCUGCUGAAUAUGCGAACUUUUCUCCGGGAUACUUUGCCGCUACGUGUAGCGCUAUUGCAAAUCUAGUCAUGCCUUCUAGUUCAAGUUUUGGCCUCAGUAAUCCGAAUCAUCCUGGUUCCAAAGUGGAAGAAGUCGUUUUCAACGACAUUCUGGGACUAAUCAUGGCGAGCUUGAGCUCAGAGGCAUUCAUUGAUUCGACGGGGACGUGGAUAUCUAUUGGAUACCGAUUACUUUUGGACCAUUGCCCACACCGAGAACAGGGUCCCCAGGACUGGAAAGGUCUUUUUUCUGGGCUUCAAGUUAUUGAUGUGGAACAUGCCUCCAUCCACUUAUGCUACCCAUUACUACCGAAACAGCCACCACAGUUACAAUUGCAAAACCUCGAUCGCUCACAAGACAACGCAUACCGAGGAUUGUCUCAGAUGAUGCAUAGCGGUAUAAGCCAUUUCGUCGGCCGGGGACUGCCUUCAAUAUGGUCGUUCGUCAGUGGAAAGGGCACCGUCAAGCUUGUCAGCGCAGAGACGACCUUUACAGACCAGGACUUUCAAGUAAUCCGCCGCUGGGCUAAAGAAUUAGAUGAGUGGCUGGUUCGGUAUAACGGGGCUUCUCAACCCUCCGAGGGUGAUCGCCAUGGUAUUUUGAUUCUUCUUCAGUAUCAUCUUCACAAACUGUUUGUUCUUUCUAUUUAUCACCCCGCUCGUGGGUAUGAUCUCGGAGCGCAUAAUUUUACGUCUAUGGAGAAACACGAACUUUUGAUAUCAGCUCGCUCGAUCCUGCGACUGCGUGAUAACGACACGGGGAUAUGGUCAAAUUGGGAUCUUGUGAUGGUCACACUAGCUGCCAUGCUGGUGCUCCGUGGAAUUGAAGACAAAAUGGCAAACCAAGAUGAUUUGAAUCUAGUUCAAAGCCAUCUGAAAAGUCUACAAGAUUGCCUAACCCCAACCCCAAGCAUUCAACAUCUUCUAGCAGAACGCCUUGAGAAUGCUCUGCAAAACAUGCAGAGCCCUGUAUCCGCCAGUUCCGACUUGAUCAUGUCAAAUGCGAAUGUGAACUUCUCGUGGACAUUGUUUGACCAGAACACACUGUCUCUAGCAAACCCAACCUGGUUGAUGCAAGACCCUCUUUCUAUGACCCCCAAACAUGCCGUUCAACCGUCGCCGACUGAGCCUAGGAACGGCAUUCCGGAUCAAUUCCACUCUGAUUUGGUGCCUGGUGAUGCGCAGGCGUUUCAAAGUAGGCAAUGGAUGCAGGAGCAGGUGUCUGGCAUGUGGCCGUCUACUUUCCAUCGAUUAUUUGGACAUGAUGAAGCAAUACAAUCUGAAAACGGCGCCUUAGGGAGCUAAUGAUAUUCUAUUCGACGAUCGUCAAACAUUCCCAAGCAUCUGUUUUAACUACCAAUUUGUUGAACCAUGCAAGCAGCAAUCAGAACAGAUGAUGAAACAUAAGCCGGUUCAUUCCCGCCUCACAGCGAAUUUCAACAGACGCACAUUCUUAUCUUUAUGCCACUUCCAAGUGCUUUCCGCCAACCCAGAAACCAACGAAGCUUCAACUUUCCAUUUAACGCCCGUUUCCUCUCCAACCUGAUGCCAAAACUCAAUCCACGAUGCUUCAUUAUGUCGAAAAAUUGAUUUUUCGCCGGCCACCUCCCGUUGCUCGCCCGGGUCAAUGUU